GUCCAGGUCCAAAAGCAACGUAACCUGCGUAAAGCUCUCCAUGCCCUCAGUGCACCAUCAACAAGCCUAAAUGGCUUCUCUUACAUUUAUUAUGGUUGCAAAAACAGAACCGAGCGUAAAGACCAGAGAAAAAAUCUAAAAGCCUUGGGUGCCCAAAACAGCCGCAUCCUCGAUAUUCACUAUCCUAGCCGUACCGUUGUUGCACUGCUAGUACACAACGACUACCGCGAAGAGCUUAUCACACAGCUCCAAAAACGUAAUGUCAACCCCUUGGACCAAUACUCUCCUACUGCUGCAUCUGCUCUCACGGAUCCUCAGUAUAAAGAUCUUUCCGAACAGGAAAAAAUCAACAUAGCCACAGCUAAACAUCAACAACGCUUGGUACGAGCACUCCCUUUUAUCCGCACUACUAUCUCCCGAGCUGUUGGCCGUUUAUUUUUAGAGCAACAAUGGAUUACCAACUCUCAAUUCGAAAAUUUCCUACAAGUAUACAAAAUCACUGUAGCAAAAAAUAAACCCACUCCUCCUAUUAGUCAGCAACCUGCUAGUGAUGCCUCAGCUAUCACCACCGCCUCAACAGCUGCUAAUAACAAUAACAAUACUAUCGAACAACAAAACUCUAUGGAUAUUAGUAAACAAUAA